CCACACCACCGAUUUAGCUACUUGUCCUUCUUCCCGCCGUAUUCGGCGGGUCGGACAGCAUAGAAAAUGGCGGCUGCCAGCGCCGCGCCGACGAGCGGUGCGGCAAGGUAGAGGCCGAUGUAGUCCCAAUGGCGGCCCUCGCUCUCCAUUGUCAAAACGUGUGUGAUUGUGACGCCGAACGAGACGGCGGGGUUGAGUGAGCAGCCACUCACGCCCCCAAUGGCGAUGGCCGCCGACCCCACGGUGCUGCCGAUGGCCAGGCCGAAGUAGUGGUUGGGUGUGUCCUGAUUGGUCGUCGCCACGUUGAGGAUCACGAGACACAGGGCACACGUGUACAGGAUCUCCACCAGGCAGGCCGACAUGAUGGUGCCCCGCUUGUCGUCGAUGGGCUCUAGGGCGAACGAGGCGCCCAGGACGCCAGAGUACGUCAGGCCCGCGACGAGGCCAGCCAGGAGCUGAACGACCCAGUAGAUGCCGGCGUCACGCAGAGUGAUCUUCUGCCGACGAGACAGCCACACAGCCAACGUCACUGAGAGCACCAGGACAACAGAGAGACAGACAGACAGUGAGCACACACCAGAGCACACCCAGACAGCCCCCCCAUAUAUCUCUGUCUGUCAAUCACUGACUGACCAGCUGGGUUGAAGUGUCCGCCCGACACGGAGCCCAUGGCGAAGAUCAUGACCAUGAGGAUGGCGCCAAUCGAGAGCGGCGCCAGGUCGUUGCCCUGGACCACGUUGAGUCCGAUCGUCAGCACCAAGAAGAAGGUACCCACGAACUCGGCCAUGUAGGCGUCCCACGCGAAGCUCCUCAGGAUGGCCGAGGCCUUCUUCAGCGGCUCGUUCAAUGCAUGUGGGCAGGAAAGGCCUGUCCCAACCUCGCCGCCCGCAGUGUCUGACGGGGACAGUUGACAUACAACCAAAGGUCAGCCACGCAAUGGAGGUGUGUGCGCGCGCGUGUGCGUACCAAUGCUGACGUCCACGGUGUGCUCGUUCAUACUGCUCAACCAGCGGUGUGGACAGACAGACACGCUGCUGUUAUCGCUCCGGAGGCAGCUUGCUGGUCGGUGGCUGGAUCCUUGGAGAGGGAGGGAGAGAUUCCGCGGAAAGGCUUGUUUCCUGCUGGCACAGGAGAUCACAUAGCCAAGGGUGACGUAUACACAUGGCUGGUGGCACCCCAGGCAUCCCCGUCACUCCCCUGCUUACCUCGUGCGUUUGUUUGUGCCGGGAAGGAAAGAUCUGCGGUUCCUUGAGAAUGCGGAUGUCAAGAGGGUGAUGAUUCCGAUGCGAUGAACGCCUUUUCCUCUCUCCCUGUCCCUCUCUCUCUCUCCC